UGUGUGUUGCUUUGGAAUAUAAUUUUUUUUUUCCGAAAAUAUACUUCCCUUUUUGAGAAAGCAAAAAAUUCUCAAUUUUUUGGCUUCAAAAUUAACCAGCCUGGGAAGUUCAAUAUCCGAUCACGUCAUCUUCAAUGGAGUCAUCUUUUUCAGGCCCAAACAACCAAAACGACGACGUUUUCCUCGACGCGCUUCCUCACUGCCCCUUCCACCAUUGCUCCGGCGCCGCCGAUAAAUCGCCGGAAUCUUCCUCCUCUUCUUCAAUUCUCUCCGACCCCAACCCACCCUCCCCACCUCCGGCAACCACAAUCCGCCGCCGUUCAACCCGCCGUAACUCACCGGUUAGGGAGACCACGAAUACCGGUUCCAGCCACAAUUCGACCACCGGAAACGUCACGAACCUUCGGAGCGAUCGAAAUCUCGGAACUUCAAACGGAAAUGAGAAUUUCCCCGAGAAAUGCGAUUCAAAUCGAGAGAAAGUUCGUCCCUUUCAAUCUCCAAGCGUUGGCACCGAAGAGGGGAACGAGGAAUCGACGUUAACCACCGCCGAGAACGAAGACGGCGUCACCGAUUCCGCUGACUCGGCGGUGGAAUUCAGUAAUUCCCCUUUGAAUUCGCUCGAUUAUGUAACGGGGUUGGUGAUUAGAUCAAUUGUGUUUCAAAUCAAUAUUUUCGUUGUCUUAAUGAAAUUCCCAGUGUGGUUUAUGUUACAUGUUUUUUUGUUUUUCGUGGACCCUUUUGGAACAAUCAGUAAGGGGAAAGGUCUUUUGGUGGUGAUUUUGGGUAAAUUUUGGUGUUUUGUUUUUCGGUGCAUUGAUCCUUCAGCUCAAGGGUGGUUCAAAGAGCACAAAUCCUUGUGGAAUGUUGCAUUUAGGUGUGGGUGGGGAUUCUUGAGGUCAAUGUAUAUUUGUUGCAUUUUGUUUGGUCUUUUGGUUUCUUCACUUGUGGUGAGUGGGUUUUUGGUGAGGUGGUUGGUGGAGGAGCCGUUUCAGAUGAGGCAGGUUUUGAAUUUUGAUUACACCAAGCAGAGUCCUGUUGCAUUUGUACCUGUGAUGUCUUGUGAUGGUGUUGGGGGUGCGCAUGAUUCUGAGAAGGGCAUUGCUGUUAGAGAGUGGAUGGGUAGAAGGGUUAUACCUGCUAACCAAAAGGUGCAGGUCACUGUUUCAUUGGUUGUGCCAGAGUCAGAAUACAACACAAAUCUUGGCAUCUUUCAGCAUAAGGACCUUUGAUGGUGGAUGGGCUAUUUGUGGUCACUUCUCAGUAGUGUACGACUUUAAAGGGUUUGAGUGGCAAGUUGGUGCUAGUUUUAACUCUCAAUAUCUUUUUAUUUGCUUUAUUUGAGUAUUGUCGUAGUUUGGUUAGAAGAAAUGAUGAAAACAUGAUUCUAGAAUAUCAUGAAUUAGGGGUUCAAAUGUUCAAUAGCUUCUAUACGCCAAGUGUCGCGAUUAAGACACUUAGCUGGCCUUUACAUAAAAGCUAAAACUUUUAGCUAGAAUGGUUCUUUUAUUUGUGUCUAUGUACUAUGUUUCCUAUCAUUGUGGUGUGAGUGCUUUAAGAUGAUAGUUAGAUUUAUUAGGCAAAGAAGAAGAUCCUCUGUUAAAAUUGCCAUUUUCUUGUACUUGUAUCAUUCUGCUUAAAGAAUCUGAACUAUUAAUAUGAUGAUAAUUACAGUUCAUAGUUUCCUGUUGCUUUGUUUUGGGUUCUUUGACGUGUCUAUUUUAUAGAUCAGGGUAGACUUCUUGUCUUCUGAUGGCAAAACAAUUUGGAGUUCAAACCAACCUUGCAUGUUGAAAUUCACAAGUGAGCCUAUCCGCCUAAUCACGACAUUCCUCAAGAUUGUACCUCUUGUCACUGGCUAUAUAUCAGAAACCCAGACACUGAAUGUCAAGAUGAGAGGUUUUGUUGAAGGGGAUGUACCUACUUCAUGCUUAAAAGUAACCCUUGAGCAGCGAGCAGAAUAUUCACCUGGUGCCGGCAUUCCUCAAAUGUAUGAUUCAUCAGUGGUUAUUGAAUCAGAACUUCCCUUAUUCAAGAGGAUUAUAUGGCAUGGGAAGAUUUGCAUAUUUUUAUGGAUCACAAUGAUGGCUUUCAUGAUGGAGUUACUACUCGUUCUAGUGUGUUGUUUGCCUAUAAUUAUUCCAAGAACCAGGCAAAGCAGUGGUGCUGCUCGUGUUACCGGUACCCAAAAUAAUCUUCAGGCACCAAAUUAAGGAGACUAGUUUCUUUCCCAAGGCAUCGUGACAAUAAUGGGAGAUUUAUUUUUCCGUCUAAUAAUAUAACCUAGCACUUUCUGACAUGUAUAUCUUGUUUAGUGAGGCAUCGUUACUUUAAUUCAUUUUUCCUUUCCAGUUUCCAAUAUUCUUUAUUAAAUUUCCUUUCCAAAUUAGUAUGUACAUUUUUAAUUGUAAUGUAACUUGGCCAAAUCUAUGUCCAUAUCAUUAAUUUACUUAUCUUUGUUA